AUGAGUACUAACACUAGUAAUAGAAGGGUUGCACCCGAAGCUGCCGGAGCAUGGCCUAUUAUAGGUCAUCUUCAUCUUUUAGGUGGUGGUUCCAUCCCUCACAUUACCUUGGGAGCCAUGGCUGAUAAGUAUGGCCCAGCAUUCACCGUUCGAUUAGGUGUCCAUCGUGUAUUGGUGGUGAGUAGUUGUGAGGUAGCAAAGGAGUGUUUCACCACAUUUGAUAGUGCUCUUUCCACCAGACCAAAAGCCAUUGCCAUAAAGCUUAUGUGCUAUAACUAUGCCUUGUUUGGAUUCAGCCAUUAUGGACCAUAUUGGCGUGAAUUGCGUAAGAUAGCUAUACAAGAGCUUCUCUCAAAUCGUCGUCUAGAGAUGUUGAAGCAUGUCCGAUCCUCAGAGAUUGAAAUCUCCAUAAAAGAAUUAUAUCAAAAGUGGAUGGCAGAUGAGGAUAAAGACCCACACCCUAUAAAUAGUGAAAUCAAUGUUAGCGCCUUGAUGGAUAUGAAGAAAUGGUUUGGGGACUUGAUGCUUUAUAUUAUUCUUCGGACUGUAGUUGGGAAGAGAUAUUCUGGGGUUGAUACUUCCUAUGAUAUGGAGGAAAAAGUGAAGUGUCAAGAAGCCAUGAGAGAGAUCUUUCAUUUGAUGGGUUUAUCUGUGAUUUCUGAUGCAAUCCCCUUUCUUGAGGGGUUAGACUUGCAGGGUUACGAAAGAGCAAUGAAGAGGAUGGCCAAGAAUAUAGACUCUAUACUUGAAGGAUGGCUGGAGGAGCAUCGACAAAAGAGAUUGUCUUUUGCAAGCAGGGACGACAAGGCCAAGGGAGGUGAACAAGACUUCAUGGAUGUGAUGAUAUCUAUAAUGGAAGACUCAAAGCUUGAUGAUUAUGAUGAGCAUACGGUCAUCAAGUCCACUUGUUUGAGUGAUGGAGCUAAUCCAAUCAAUGUAUAUUUUGUUGAAUGCACUGAUAACCAUACUUUCAGGGAGAAUAACAGCUUGGUUGACUCCCUCGCCUGGAACGCAUUGUCUCUUGCAUAUAUUGAUGGUCCUACUGAAAUUGAACUUAGCAAUCCAAAACUCAAGUACUUGCGUAUCUCUGGAAAAAUCAUUCUUGUAUCCCUCAAAGAUUUAAAACUUUUAGUUUAUGCAAAUUUUAAUGCAACAACUGAGGCUCAUCUUGACCAACGGAAAACUUCCAAUUUUAGCAAUAUUCUUGGCUCUCUACUUGGUAUUCAAGAGCUUCACUUUGGAGGCUUUUAUAUACAGCCCAUGCAUGAUUGGGAAUCUGCGAGUUUUCCAUCCGCGCUUCUCUUAAAAGGAAAGAAUCGAUUGAAGAGCACAUACAACAAACUCCGUGUUGUAGAUAUUUCAGAUGCCCUUGGCACGGAAAUUGAAUUGUUUCUCCUUGAAUUUAUCCUGGCCAAUUCUCCAGUGCUUGAGACAAUGCAAAUCAGUACUGCAACAAAGGACCCUAACAAAUUAUUUACUUUGUCACAAGAGUUGCUACAAUUCAAAAGAGCUUCACCACAAGCCAAAGUUUUGUCCUUGAAAGGUGUCUGA